GCCAUUUGUCAUCGCAAAGAUCGAAGCUUUGAGCUGUCAAGCUAAAGAUGAAAAAUCAGCUUCAUAAGCCUGCCUUUUUUCUGUUUUCUAAUAGUUAAACGCAACGUUUCGUAUAUCAUCAUCAUCAUUAAUUAUUAUUAUUAUUAUAUGAACUAUAAAAAUGUUUAAUACAAAUACAAACCCAUUUCCUUCCCUCUCUCUCUCUCUCUCUGCAUCUCUCAACAAAUCCCAAAUGAGUCUCAGUCUGUCAUCUCCAACUAGUGCGUGCAUUUCUCUGGACUGGAAGUCUUCGAGCUUCUUCAGACCUCGGGAGCCAACUUCUACUGGUCUCCAUGGAUUCUUAGAGGUUUCUUCUAAAUCCAAAACCGACCUCAAGAAAUUCUCUCUAUCAUGCUUCUCAUCAGCUUCCGGUCCAUUCUUGGGUAGGGGAGUGAGAGACGCAUCCCAACAGCGUGACCUCCGGACAUAUGCCGGCCGGAGCAAGAAGAAGGCAGGUGGCAGUUCUUCCUCAGGUCGUAUUGAGGGAAAUGCUGAGUUUCGGCGGGAGGUGAAGCGCAAUGCUCGCCUGAAGAGCAAGAAGCUUGCUGAGUCCCUCUUCUACCGCCUCAAGAACCCAAAUCGGAGCCAUGCUGAUAACUUCACUGAAGAUGAGCUCCAGCAAAUUGGUCUUGGAUAUGACCGAUUGGUGCGGUUCAUGGAAAAGGAUGACCCCAAUAUACGCCACCCUUAUGAUUGGUACAAAUAUGGUGAAUUUGGACCAUACUCAUGGCGUGGAGUGGUUCUUGGGGAUCCAAUUCGUGGUCGGUUCUCAGAUGAGCGGGUGGCAAUGAUCAGUGAAGUUCGGGAUGCUGAAGAGUGGGAAAAGAUUGAGCAAUUCGAAAUGGCACAAAAUUUUGGGAAGAGAUUGCAACAAUUAGAUAGGAGUAAAUUUAGGCACUUCUGGGUGUUUGUGAGGCACCCAAGGUGGAGAGUUUCAGAAUUGCCAUGGGAGCAGUGGACUUUGGUCUGUGAGGUGGUGUUGGAAGCUGGGAAACAGAGAUUGGAUAAAUGGAAUUUGAUGGGUAGGCUUGGGAAUCUGACAAGGUCAUUGAUAACUAAGUGUGCAGCAUGGAUGAGACCUGAUAUUAUAUAUGUGAAACGUCCUGUUUAUCAGUGUAGAUUUGAGCCACAAGAUAAUUUUUUCAAGGUAUUGAUUCCAUUUCUGGAUCCAAGUACAGAGCAAGAUUAUCUGUUUGAGUUGGAGAAUGAUGAUGGAAGUGUUGAAUUGUGUACAUAUUUUGGUGGAUUAUGUAAGAUUGUUAAGGUGAAUCCCAAGGCGUUUGUGGAUGAUGUGGUUAAGGCUUACGAGAAGCUGAGUGAUGAGAACAAGUCCAAGUGCUUGGGGUUCUUGCUGAAAAAUCAUCCUGUUCAGUUGUUGCAUCCAUAUACCAAGGAGUGGAAGGCCAAGUUGGAGGAGUUGGAAUUGGGUUGUGAUGCCCCGGAUAGUGAUGAAGAUCAUGAUGGCAAUACUGAAUUUGUGGAUUGGAUAGAGGAAGAUGAGGACACUGGUGAGGAUGAUGAAGGUAAUGAUGAUGAAGAGCAAGAUGAUGUGGUUAUGGACAUGGAAGAUGAUGAAGAUGAUGGAUUAGGUGUACGAGAAGAAGAUAGUGAAGAAGAAGAUGAGAAAUAUUGGGAAGAGGAAUUUCAAAAGGCACUGAGUAGCUCGGAAGCAAUGGAAAAGCUAGUGAAACAGAGUGUAGAUUUGUCUACAGAGCACUAUAAAAAACAGCUGAGGACAAUGGAAAAGGAAGUAGAAGAGAGAAAAACGUCACAUGAUGGGAAUAAAACCACCAUGAGAGGAAAGCGGGCAAAAGUGAGUCCUGAAGAGUGGAAGAUAGCAGGUAUUGGUCCAUGGGGGAGAAGGAUUAAGAAGAGUAGGAUUCCUCCAGAGCUAUUUUUACGAGCAGCAGUUAGACCUUUCACUUACAGAAAUCUUGUGAAGGAAAUUGUUUUGAUGAGGCAUGCAAUUUUGGACGGUGAUAUUGCUAGGGAUGAUUUAAAUAAAUAGGUGUUUAUAAUAGAAUUUGACAUAGCACAUGUUUGGUUUGGUCAAGUUCUCUCUCUGUCUUGCACCAAGAUACCUAUUACAUGUGUCUAAUUCACAUUUCAGAUACCUCAACUCUAUUUUUAUUAUUUUAUCAAUAAGAAACCCCAUAAAACCAAGAGUAAACAGCGAUGGCAAUUCAAAAAUCAAUAGAUCAUCACCAAACUGCAGAGUCUUUGGCGUGAAGCUGUGGGAAAGAUGUGAACAUGGUUGUCAUUGCAUCAAGAAGUUUUCAAUUUUGUUUUUCCACAUGUGUUUGGUCUUCUAAAAGUGAUGGUACAGACAAAUCCUUUUUUUGACAAUUCUUAUUGUUUGCCUGUACAAAGUGUUUUAGACUUGUAUCAUCAUGACUACAAAUCUUUUUGGUGUCUGCUUCUUAUCCAUCUAUGAUUUUCAAUUUUCAGCUGA